UAACCAAUGUGGCUUAUGCCGUCUGAACAGGGUCAAUGUUAGAUGCAUGAUGUGGUUUUCUCAACGAAUAUGCGGAGACGGACAGAAAGCUUGGUGGAGUACAAAAUGAGGCCGAAAACCUAAGCAAUGCAGAUUGGACUGCCAACCUUAUGCAGAUUACAAAUGAAAAUGAGAUCUAUUGAAAGAAGAGCAAAAGAUUCAGUCUGACUGGAACCUGUUCAAAGUAGCAUAUGGCUAGAGGACAGUGAGGCAAUUUAGGAGUUCCCUGGGUCAACCCACUCCAGAGAUGGGAACAGCUGAACCAUUCCCGCAACUGCUCAUUGCUGCAUCUCGACAUCAUCUUAGAAUAGGGAAAAAGAAAGGCUUAUCUCCCUUGACUUCCUUGAACCUGGCUGGGGAGAUACUGGCAGUAGCUGCUGGCUUGAAACCAGCUUUCUUGUAUGAUUACAAUUCUGCUGGGAUUGCUCAGAUCCUGAGUUACAUUCAUGAGCUUCAGAUUAUCUGUCAGCUUGAAUGCCGGCUACAUGUUCUGACCAUAGCUGAAAACGUCCUGAUAAUCAACUUGGAAAUUAUGCUGCUGUUGUUGGAGACAAUCUUGCUUAAAAACAGUGUCCCCUUCAUUGAUGUUUCUGCUUCCCAAACAUGCCCUGGAUUUUGUUAUCCAGAAGAUGUGAAUCGCAUAAAAGGCCACCUGUGUGAGAUACUGAAUCACAUGAAAGCGCUGGCAGCAGACACAUCCCAGAUGCUUUCUUCCAGUGCCCUCUUUUCCGCUGAAUGGAAUCUCUGCACCUUUUUUGGUGUUCUGCUCGGCUAUCCGGCAGCCUAUACUUUUGCUGCUCAGAAGAGCUUUGAUAACUGCCUUUCUCUAGCCCCGCUGAGGGUGUUCACUGUCCAAGCCACAUUCUGUAAGUUCAGCAGUAAUUUCAGGGUCCGACUUUAUUCGUUCAGUGUCCCAGAACUCUUGUAUCCUGACAUGAAAAUAGGCCUCGAUACAUGGUGUGAAAACCUCAAGAACGCUUUUAAAGCUCAGAAAGACUUUGCCGAUCUCUCUAUCACAACUGAGGUGGUGGUGCUGGCAGCCGUGGCCUUGUAAAUGUAGGCCAUGAUCCAGAGGCACGUACAAAAUUGUCCUCAUAGCAUCCAACUGAACUGUUGUUGUUUUCUUUGGAACUUCAGAUCUGAAGAGCAAUUUGAGAAGCGUAGCUCUAAGUUACCAAAAGGUGUUGUUUUUUUAGCAGUUCUGGGCUAUCCAUUAACCGCCAAGCUCCUGAGGUGUUUAUAUUCAGGCUAGAUGUUUUAAGGUGGCAUGUAUGGCUACAGUUUUGAGGCUAUCCUGCAUGUAGUCAUCUAAAGUGUUGUUCAGCUCAACCACAAAGAGUCCAGCUGGUUUUCACCAGCCAAGAUUACCAAAGCUGUAAGACUGACAGUUAAAUAAAUUGUUACAGAACUGUGUGGUAUGUGGAUACACCAGAUACACAUGCCACUUUUUGUAAUGUAGCCUUUAAUUAAAAACAACAACAACAGCCAAAAUAAACACACAGCAGUCAAACUCAUUUAACAGAUUGUGCAGUUCAAAACUAUAAAAAAUUAAAAAUAUUUUGUUCAAUACAAAAAUACGCACUUUCUGUAGAUAACUUAGAAUGUGAAGGUGGAAACAUAAGCAAAACUAGACAGAAAGUAUACUCAAGGUAUAAAGUUGACUAAGUAAGAUACCAGAGCUGUUGCCAUCACUACCAUUAGGAGAGGGAUCCAGUGAUCAUGUCGUCUCUGAAAGAAAGAUGAAACCUAAUGAAAUAAAAAACUUAACUCA